GUUGCCUACGUCCUAAAUCGUCUUCUGGGAUUACGAAUCCUUUGGUCGCCUCCCGCCCGCUUUCUCGCCUACCUGGGCAUUGUGAGUCUGAUGCUACUCUGUCAACAUCAACUGCUCGUGGCCUGGCGUCACCAGGUCUGCUUCAAUGUCGACCGCACGGUCGGAAGCCUGGGCGAUGACAUGCGCGCCAAGGGCAUUGCCUACUACUCCUGGAAGCUGCGCUGGAACGCCUUCUGGAGCCAGCGUCUAGUCGAAUGCCGUCGAGCCUUGGACACU